UGCUGUUUUAUAGUUUGCCCCUGGUUUUAUACGCUCGAAUGAAGCAUGAAGCCCUAAAGAUGGAAGGUGAAGCGUCUUUAACCACUAACACGGUGUCCGGUCGCUACUAAACACGAAUGAGGAUCUUCUUUAUUAUUAUUUUGUCUUUGUAAACAGAUAGAAUUAAAUAGGGUUUAACAGGACUUUUAGACUCAUCACUUGAUGUUUCUUUAUUUGCUAAACAUCAUAUUUGAGUAUGUGCUUGACUCCAUCCAUCCAUCUUCUACCAUGCGGGGUGCUGGAGCCCAUCCAGUCAUCUAUGGGUGAGAGGCAGGGUACACCCUGGACAGGUAACCAGUCCAUCAACACACACACACACACACACACACACACAACCAUUCACACACACUCACGCCUACAGGCAAUCCAGAGUGACCAAUGAACCCAAGGCAUGUUUCUGGACCGUGGGAGGAGAACCCGGAGAACUCGGAGAACCCGGAGAGAACCCACGCGAACACGUGGAGAACAUGCCAACUCCAAACAGAAAGGCACCCGCUGCGCCUCCGGGAAUCGAACCCAGGACCUUCCCACUCAUGUGACUCAUGUGACCCAAAUGUGGCGUGUUAGUGCAUAUUUAGUGGGUGUGGUGACUCUAGAAGUAGAUGAAGCUGUGCACACAUUUCUUCCACCUUUCUUCAAAUCACCUCAUUCUCAGCUCAGUUUAUUGCAGUUAAAAUGAAAGAAAACACCUUAUUAUUCUUCACGUUUCUGCGCAGCAUCAGCUUGUGUGCAGGUGAAGAGGAAGGUUUUGUCCGUCUGGCUGGUGGACAGGAUUCCUCUGAGGGACGCGUGGAGGUAUUCCACAACGGUGCCUGGGGAACGGUGUGUGAUGAUAACUGGGACAUGAAUGAUGCCAAGGUGGUGUGUAAGCAGCUACGCUUCCCUGGUGCCAGAGAAGCUUUGCAAUCUGCAGCAUUUGGCCAAGGUGUGGGCAACAUCUGGAUGGAUGAUUUAAAUUGUGAGGGGACAGAAGGACACCUGCUCUUUUGCACAUUUGCUGGCUGGGGGACCCAUAACUGUGGUCACGGGGAGGAUGCUGGAGUCAGGUGUGAAAGUGGACCAGAGCCGGUGGACGCCGAGCUCAGGCGCGAGUACGACCUGGACCACAACGCCAGCCUGUCGCGUGAGCUCGGGCAGCUGUUCGACAGCGGCCGCGCCUGCGACCUGAACAUCGCUGUGGUGGUGGACGCCAGCACCGUGGAGACCAUCUGCGCUCACAGCGUAAUCCUGGCUCUGAACGCACACCUCCAGGCGUCCCAACCGGACUUCAGCCGCCUCAGCAUCAGCGCCACAGCUGACUGCAGCCAACACGCCACCACGUUUGUCAGAUAUUUCUACACCAGGAAGGUUAAAAUGACACUGUCCUCCUCCCACUGCAUUCUCAACAUGGCCUCCAGCUGGGGCCUGAGGGAGCUCCAGGAUGAAGCCGAACAUGUGUUCAGACUGUUUCUCACAGAGGACGUCCUCUUCCAGAACCAGAACCUUUUCUAUGCGUACGCAGUCCGGGCCGGCGAUGCGGCUCUGCAGGAGGUCUGCCUUCGUUUUCUGGCCUGGAACUGUGAGGCACUGAUCCGAUCCCCAGCCUGGACCGCCCUUCCCUUCCACCUGCUCCAGGCUCUUCUCCCCCGAUCGGACCUCGUGGUGCGGAACGAGACCGUCCUCCUGGCAGCACUGGAGAGAUGGGCCGCAGCCCAGCAGAACGCAACGUUUCAGGAGCUCCUUCUGAAACUCAUCCGUUUCCCAAUGAUACCGGCGGAGGACUUAUACACCCUGGACAGCUCGCGGUACCAAGCCAGCAUGCUGCAGGGGUUCCAGUUCAACGCCCUGCCCGUCAGAGCGCUGCUCAGCGACCUGACGCACACACUUUAUUCCUACAGGUCCAGGGUUUACACUGGCGGCCCGUGGAGCUUCUCCUUCAGCACCCACGACGUCACAGCUUUUAAGAACUCCGGGCACUACCGCCUCCGGGGCCAGAACAUCGACAGUCUGACGUCAGACUUCCAGACACCUGUCCACAGCAGCGCGUACUUUGCUUUACACAGCGUGCGCUGGAAGGCCCGCGUAUACACCAGCGCUCGGGACUGCUCCGGGGACAGCGUCUCCUGCCCCUCUCUGCCUGCUGUCGCUCUGAAGAUUCAGGACAAGAACAGCGGCGUGCCCAGCGAGACGGAGCAGCGUAUACGUUACAGCAACAGGCUCGUGGUCAUGUGUGAAGGGAGGUAUGUGUUCCACGUUGGGGAGUUUAAUGGUGUCAGUGGUGAGAACCUGGUGGUUGUCCCAGACGGCACACAACAAGUCUAUCCAUGCCACUCAAACCGGUUCUCCUACCAGGUGGUGGUGCGUCCUGAGUUCUCCACCAGUUAAUCUGGGUUUUCCUAUGGGAACGGCUCCAGUGAGGAGCAUUCAUAAGGACAUUAUUAUUGUGUCCAGGGUGCAGUCUCUGAUCUAAUAGAGUUACUGGAUUUGUGAAGUCUGACAAAGGUCAGUGUCCGGCUGCUGACUGAGUGCGUAGGUGCAUGAGGCUUACGUGGGAUCAAGAGGUUAUUGUUGGUUGGAGUCUCAGUAAUUCGCUUCAUGAUACGACCAGCAUGAGACAAGUCUGUCCGUGUCUAUCAAACCUGUUCUACCUAUGAUACAUCACACAUCUCACUAGCGAUGCAAAAUCUGUCCCUCAGAAAAAAAUAUAAUAAAAGACAACUGUGGUUCUAA